GCAUUCGAUGUCGAAGCACCAUGCAAAGUGCGCUCAUCAUCCGUGAAUUUGCUCAAGUAGCUCUAAUACGUGCAGCACGGUUGACAUUCUCUUUGUUUGCUUUCGUCCCUCUUUGUUCAAUUUGCCUAUCCACUAUACAUCUUCAUCCUUACAUCCGUACUGACCAGCUUUUGCUCUCUGCCGCUUCAACAGACCGGUACCUGUUCGUCCCCACGUUUGCGAUACGAGAGUUCCAAGACCUACAGGCUACAAACGUCAGCCUCGCGUGAAACCACUGUCGAGAAGUGAGCUGCUCUCUCCGAACCGACCACAUUCGAGCUUUCCACACGAACGGAGGAACUACGCACAAACGACCGGUCUUUAUUGUACAACGCGCGACCUCCCUCGAGCCAAGUUACGCCUGCACAGACACUCACGCCUUCAUCGCUGCCUUCUCGGGCGGCCUGUGUGUCGUACCACCCCGAGUCUGUUCCGCCUCAGCAUGGAUACCAACGGCCAGCAGGGCUAUGAGCCUAGCAGCACUGAAGUUUUCUCGCAAAUUCGCCAAGCUCUCGAGAUCGUGCAUAGCCCGCAGUCAACGAACGAGGCACGGCGGGAAGCGCAAGAUUUUCUGGAGAAACUCAAGGGUACAUCACGAGGCCCGCUCUUUGGACAUAAUUUGGGGAGCGACAGGUCUCAGCCGCAUAUCGUGCGGCAUUAUGGCCUUUCGUUGCUGGAAUACUCCAUCCGCUACCAGUGGUCAGAGUAUGGAGAGGCACAGAAAGAGGCAUUGCUCCGUUGGGUCCUGGAACUGAGCCAGACUAUUGCGCAAGACGACCCGUCAUUUCUGAGGAACAAGACUGCCCAACUUUGGAUCGAGGUGGCCAAGAGAUCAUGGGGUGCAGAAUGGAUGGACAUGGACACGCGACUCGUCGAGCUAUGGAACGUGCCAGACUCGCCAGCACACAAGGAGUUCGUCCUGUCUGUUCUGGAGACGCUUUCGGAUGAGGUUUUCACUGGCGAUGAUCCCGUGGUUAGCUUCCGCGAAGGAAUUCUUAGCAAGGCUUGUGUCGAAAUCUUUACGCCAACCUCUGUCCUCGUCGAGGUGUUCCCUAAUAGGCAGGCCGGCCCUGAGGUUCGCCAUGGGCAUGAAGGGUGGCUGACCCGGAUCGCCGAGUUCCUGAAGCUCUGCAUAUCUUCUGGACUUCGCGACAGCCAAACCGAGUCAUGUGCCGUGAAGUGUCUCGCCACGAUGCAGACACAACUGCCUUGGGCCAUUCCAAAAGCCAUCAUCGCUGCUGAUGCCGUUGAAGUACUGUGUGGAGGCCUGGCGGUGCAGAGUGCCGAUGUGCAAAAGGGGGCCCUCGAAGCUCUUCAUGGCAUGUAUGGCCGCAUCAACUUCAACGAUACAGAGUUCCAUGACCUGGUUGUGCCGAUGUACAGGGAGUGGCCCGUGCAACUUUUCAAAAAUCUCUUCGAGUAUUCGCAGGUCGACCCUAACGAUAUUGAUGAUGACAAGUAUCUUGUCCUCAAAAAGUUAUCAGAGCUUCUGGCUUCUAUUGGAGAAUAUCUUGCGCGCAAAUUCGAUGAGGUGCCUGAGGGCACAGAUGUCGACCCUUUUCUGCAUCUUCUGAUCCAAGUUGCUCAACAUCAGAGCUUGAUGGUGUCGAUACCUGCGGUCGUGACUUGGGGCAAACUCCUCAACUGUAAGUCUGUAAGCAAAGAUCGCUUCACGAACAUGAUCGGUCCUUUGCUAGAGAUUGCUACGACGCGCUUGGUGCGCUACGAACACUUGCCAGAAGACUCUGAGGAACCGCCUUUGCUCUUUCUCAUGGAAGAUACCGACACUAUGCCUGAGCGACAUGCAUUCCUCGGAAAUUACCGGCGCUUUACCUGUCAACUCGUUGAAGCCAUUGUGAGACUCAGGUUGGCAGAUGCGGUGACACACAUCUUGAGCACUACAGAUCAAGUCCUCCACAACCUUUAUCCUCCGGGCGAGGGUCUCAAUAAACAAAAUUACGACAAGCACUCGCAACCAGCUCUGCGCGUUGAUUGUCAGUUUACUGUCAUCGAAGCCAUGUUGAAGGGGUUCAAAGCCUGGAAGACAGCGAACAGCGAUCGUGAGGCCAUUGGCUCCAUCGAGGCGAAUCUGGAGGCCUGGUGCAACAAGCUGAUCGAAAUUCAAUUCGACGAUCCCGUCAUCCGCAAGAGAUGCCUCCAGUUGCUGGUGUAUUUUUCCACAACUGCUCUCAGCAACCAGACGGAUUUCAUGUUGAAAGUACUUGAGCACAUUCUGAUGACUUGGCCUAACCCUGAGCCCGAAUACAAGGCGUUCAAUGAGGCUGUUAAAGACCUGCAGGGCGAGAGUAUGGUUGAACUGCAACGCUUGGCGUCGGAAAUGCCAGACCAUUUGAUCGAUGUCUACGACCAGAUUUCACAUCGCGUGAACGAAAUGCUGGCAUCCGGGGUACUCGACGAGAAACGUACCAUUGCUUACAAAAGCUUUUUAUUCAUUAUUGUUCAUAGAACGGACAAGAUCAACGUGGAUGCCAAGAUCCCCCGGCUCCGCGAAUUCAUUGAUCCUGUCAAGUCACAGUGGCAAGAUACUACUAUCCAGUCUUCGCUAGGCUCGUACCCGGGCUUCUGUGAACUUCUUGGAUUGGACAAAGCGCAGGCCUAUCUGGCCAAGCACCGUGCGCAUGAAAUACAAGACUGGGGCUCUUGCCCCUUGGACUCAGAAGGUCUCGCUAUUCAGGCGGAGCUUGAGGAGAGGUUAAAGACAUUGCCUCUUCGAGCCACCAAGAGCUUCUUAGCUUUCUCUGUAGAGCGCCUAAGUCGCUCAUCGCCUGCGUUUCAGGCAUCGCAUGCGCUCUGGCAGGAUGGCUUUACCACGAUACUGGCAGAUGUACUGAGAUUCCUGAGCUACGCACACGCGUCACAUAAUCCACAGAACUGGAUGGGUGUGCCUCCGGACAUGCGCUCCAUGGUGGAUCGGGUACUGAGCGAUCGCUUUUGGCAGUCGGGCAUUUCCGAGGGCAGCAAAGACGACUUUUAUGCUCGGGUGCAAGAUAAGAAGGGGACAGUGGAAGGCUUUGCGUCGACAGUACGGGGUUCUGUCCGGUUUGUGCGCGAAACUGCCUACUCCAUCAUCUACUGCAUGAGCAGGUUGGAGUCCUUGUUCUACAGCGACUCUCAGCUCGCGGAACCCCUCGCACAGUCGUUUUUUGCUGAUUCAACAUGGCUGUCUACUCACCAGCAAAGCCAUCUACUCAACCUGGUCCGGUACCUGGUAGACGAUUGCCCGGUCGACUGCCGACAGACCUUCUUUCCUCACUUGCUCGAGGCCUGUUUCAGACAAACCGACACGAAGAUCACCGGAGAAUGGGCUCGCAUGGAAGAACAGAAAAUCAUCUCUGCCGACGGCGAUAGUGCUCUCAAGGAGGAGAUGAAGUCGGAAAGCAUCCUGCGCCAGGUCACCUACACGGCUACGCUCAUGGUGGCCGACUUUCUGGAUCCGUCCAAGCUCAACCCACGCACCUUGAAGCCUGCCAGCGAGGGGGAGGCUACUGUGAAGUACCCCACGCUUCGUAAAUUCUGCUUGAUGAACCAGCAGAUUGUAGAACCUCUCUUGGUGUUCUGCGCUCAUGGUAUUCGGAUGAAGGAUACACGCUGCUGCAGCAUGAUCCUCCGGCUUUUCGUGUCGCUGGUCCCAGAGUUCAGUUCAGAUCCUCCUGGAUCGAAGAAGGCUGCGUUACCCGAUGUGGACAACUCGCCUAUGUCCCCCGAAAUAGCAUCGGUGAUUCGGGAGUACAUCUCGACAGAAGUGCUCCAGGCUUGCAUCACAUCCUUCCACGAACCCUACUUUGUAGACCUGCAGAAGGACCUGGCCUCGCUGAUUGCUUCAAUUGUGGUACACUACGGACCCCUGACGACCACACCACGGAACGUGAUUCUGUCGCUACCCAACGUCAAGGAGAGUGAUCUGGAACGACUCGGCGCCUACACCGCCAAGCCUGGUUCACAUACGCGACAGCAAAGGUCCAUCGUGCUCGACAUGCUCAAAGAUCUCAAGGGCGUGAGCGUGGCAGAGAUGGGUAAGAUGGUUAAGAGCACAGGGUUUGGCAACUCGAACCGAGGCAGGAAGCCCACACGUACAAAGAUGGCGCAGGCUUUCAUGGAGGCCGCGGCGCCAGCGCAGGGUGGCAAUCCCCUGGACAGCCAGCCGCGAGGGGGGACUCCCGACCCCUUGGAGGGAGUAUCAGGCUUAUUCGAUGGAUAGAGCACCGGAGUAGGCCCAUCUGAUCGCGAGAGGCAUGAAGCUGAGAAGAGGAGACGCGAGAAGUAUCGAAAGGUCAUCAUUGCGGGCAGUAUUGCUUUGCGUAGACGAGAUAUGCCACAAUCUCCGCCGCAGACGCGUGUUGGGAAGAGGGUUGUCAGCUGGGAGCUGCUACAAUGAUUCUCUACGAUAGUGGCAACUGGGCAUUGC